CUUGACCGGCGUCGUGAAACAUCUCGACACGCCGCUCGAGACAGAAGAGGAAAAGAGGCAGAUAUUUUUACCGAUCUCAAGGAAGUAGUGCCAAUUGUUGAGGAGGCAACAGUAACACAUGUUGACCGUAUUGCACUUCUUCGAGUUGCUUCUACACUUUGCCGACUGCGCAAAAAUGCUGCAGCAUUUCUUAAGACGAGUCUUUGCGAAGAAAGCGGACAAUUAUUUUCUGAAACAACACUGUUAGAAAGUUUGGAUGGUUUUCUUGCAAUACUUGAUUCUGACGGAGUGAUUCUUUAUGUUUCAGAAAGUAUUUCAAUAUAUCUUGGUUUAACGCAGACUGACCUUACUGGGCGGUCGUUAAAAGAAUUCGUUCAUCCGUCUGAUUAUGAAGAAUUCACAAAAUGCUGUAAUGAUGGAAAUGAAGAAGGUGUCACUAUGAGUCUUCGAAUGAAGUCAGUAAUAAGCCCAAGGGGAAGGAAUCUCAACCUUAAAAGUGCCCUUUUCAAGCCGGUAGUGUGCCGAACACGUUCAAUACCUGGCGAAGGAGGUCGUGUUCGAUUGCUGCAGGGAAGUGCACAACCUGCCGGUCAGGGUUCUAGCGCAGCAGCAGCAGCAAAAAGUGCUGAAAUACCGAACGGGACAUAUAUGACGAGACACACAUGUGACAUGAAAUUUUCCUAUGUUAGUGACAGUUUCAAUCACAUUCUACGGCAAGAAUCACGAUCUCUGGUUGGCGCCUCGUUUUAUAGUCUUGUUCACCCUGCAGACAUUGUUGCUGUUGCAUCUUCUAUACGCGAAAUGCUCAGUAAAGGCCAUGCAAGAACUCCUUACUAUCGUUUGAUAGGUGCUAACGAUAUUGUGAUAUGGGUACAGACAGAAGCAACGACUGUAAAUCAUACUUCUAAAGGACAUAAGGGACAGUAUAUCAUUUGUGUGCAUGACUUGUUAGGGUCUCAGAGCGAGCGAGAAUCUUUUGCUCCAGGACGUGAAGGAUUUUUCGUACAAGUUAAGAAAGAACUAGAUGACAAUGGUAACGUUUUUUUGAUUUUUUUCUUUCGAUUUUAUUGA